AUGGUCGCAAUCUAUUCGCGACAUCACGACGGUCAUCGUCAUCGCGACGAUGUUGACGCUGGUUAUGGCGAUCGAGUCGCGGCUGGCGACCGACUUUUCGAUGAGGACCGAGUCUUUGAUGGCGGCUGGUCUGCUGUGACGACGUCAGACGACGCGCGGUUCCCCACGUCGUCGAGUCACCGCCGAAUGCGGCUUCAUCCACCAGUGAACCCCGAGUUCCACUCUCGCCGCGAGGAGGAUUGUCCUUCCUCGUACAAUGCGCUUCCCCCCACACUACCCUUCCCCCCAGGCUGCGCUUUCCCCCACGCUGUCCUCCCCCACGCCGUCCUCCCCGCUGCCCUCCCCAACCCCUCACCCCCCCCAGCCGUGACUCUAGCAGUGGGUGAGAUCAACCUGUCCAAGUCGCUGCUGCCAAACCACACGCUGCUGCUCGCGCCGCUCAACUACACCACGCAGCCCGUUGCAGGGCAGAUGGCAGCGCUCCAGCUAGCCUCAAUGGAUUCUCUACCCGUGGCGGUGGUGGGACCGCACAACUCGGACCCUUCGCCUCUCCCGCACGCAACUCGGACCAGGCCGCGCUGCCCAUACAACCCUUUCUCCCCACCUUCUUCCAGCCCUCCAGCUGGCGUCAAUGGAUCUCAUGCCCGUGGGGGUGGUGGGGCCGCGCAACUCAGACCAGGCUGCUCUGCCCAAACAACCCCUCACCCGAAUCCCCCUCCCCACUCCUCCCCUCCCCCUCUCCCCCCUUCCCCCUCUCCCCCCCUUCCCCCUCUCCCCUUCUCUCCCCCUCCUCCUCUCGCAGCCCUCCAGCUGGCGUCGAUGGAUCCCAUGCCCGUGGCGGUGGUGGGGCCGCGCAACUCAGACCAGGCCGCGCUGGUCAGCCCGCUGGCGGCGUUCGCGCAGAUCCCCUUUGUGUCGCCGUCCGCCACGGACGUGCGGCUGACAGCGGGUGGCGACCGGCCGUACUUCAUGCGAACCAUUCACAACGACGGCAUGGACAUGCGCGCUAUUGCAGAGUUCCUGGCGUUCAACAAGUGGAGCGAGGUGAUCGUCAUUCACAGCGACAACCGCUUUGGCCGCAACGGCAUCGCGUCUCUCAACGGCUACCUCUCCGUACAGGAGCAAUGGAAGGUCAGGAUCGCGACACGUGUGCCGAUCAAGACGACGUGGUCGGUGGCGGAUACCGCAGCAGCGCUGGCAGCAGUGGAGCGGCUGGAUCCGGCGGUCUUUGUGGUGCAUGCCGCUGCUGCCCUCUGCGCUGUCAUCUUCUCUGCUGCGAAUCAGAUGCAGCUGGUAGGGAAGAACUCGGUGUGGGUGGCAUCGGAGGGGGCGGCGCUGGUCAACUCCACCGUGCUGCAGAACGUCGAGGUGUGUCGAGUCAAACGGGCAUUGGAGGGGGGCGGCGCUGGUCAACUCCACCGUGCUGCAGAACGUCAAGGUGCGGUGGCGCCUGGGGUAGGGGCGCCUGGGGUAGGGGCGCCUGGGGUAGGAGCGCCUGGGGUAGGGGCGCCUGGGGUAGGGGCGCCUGGGGUAGGGGCGCCUGGGGUAGGGGCGCCUAGGAGGUGGCUGCAGAACGUAGAGGCGAGAUGGAUUCUCGUGUCCCUCUCACCCUCCUCGCAUCUCAUCUCACUCACUCCCCUCACAUACCUCUCACUCAUCUCAUACCCCUCUCACUCGUCUCGUCUCAUAUCCCUCACACCCUCUCUCACCCCCCUCACACCCGCUAACUCCUCCCACACCCUCUCACUCCCCUCACACCCAUGCCACCACCAGGGCAGGGGCAUGGUGAUAACCUCAACCUACCUGCCUCCAUCACCGCGCCUCACCUCGUUUCGGGAGAAUUGGGCCAACCUGAACCCCAUCCGCUUCCCCAACGCUAGCAAGGAGGAGCCCAAGUCGUACACGAUAGCAGCAUACGACGCCCCUUGCCUCCCUCUAUGCCCAUCCUUGCCCUCCUCCCGUUCCUUCCCCUCCUCUCUCAUCUCCCUCCUUUCCCUCUCCUCCAGGAGCCCAAGUCUGGGCCCCAUGCUUCGCCAAGCCAUGCUGUCAGCCACUUUCGACGGAGUCAGGGGCAGGAUCACACUCAACUCGCACGGCGACCUGCAGUCCAACGUGACGCGCAUUCUCAACGUGAUCAACGGCACCGCCAUGCCAGUCGGCUUCUGGACCUCCUCCCUGCUCCUCACGCCCUCCCUUGAUCUACCCCCUAUGAACGGCACAUCACGCAUUCUUAACAUCACCUUCCCAGGCAAUACUACCAAGGUGCAUCCUUCCUUCCCUCCGUCCCUCGCUCCUUCCCUCCCUCCCUCCCUCCCUGCCUCCUUCCCUCCCUCCCUCCCUCCCUCCCUCCCUCCCUCCCUCCCUCCCUCCCUCCCUCCCUCCCUCCCUCCCUACCUCCCUCCCUCGCUCCCUCCCUCCCUCCCUCCCUCCCUCCCUCCCUCCCUCCCUCCCUCCCUCCCUCCCUCCCUCCCUCCCUCCCUCCCUCCCUCCCUCCCUCCCUCCCUCCCUCCCUCCCUCCCUCCCUCCCUCCCUCCCUCCCUCCCUCCCUCCCUCCUUCCCUUCCCUCCUACCCCUCCUCCUUCACACCCUUCUACCUGCGCCUUUCCGCGGCGCAAGCUGCUGCUAGCCGUGCCUUACAAGAAAGGCUUCCAGCAGUUCGUCAACAUCACCUCCUCUUCCGCCUCCCCACCUACAAACGAGACCGCAUCAUACUCCUUCUCGGGGUUCACCGUGGAGUUGUUCCGCCUGGCAGUCAGCAAGCUGCCGUACAAGGCGGACUAUGAGCUCGUGCCGUUUGUAGGGGACGACGGCGGCGGUGCUGACGCUGCGGUGGGAUACGACGACAUGCUGCAGGCCGUGGCCGAUGAGAAGUUUGACGGGGCCAUUGGCGACAUCUCAGUGACGCAGGCGCGGAGCAAGCUGGUGGAUUUCACACAGCCCUUCAUGGCAUCAGCAGUGAGUGUGAUCGCGUACGUGCCGCCCUCCAGCAGCUGGUGGAUGGCACUCGCGCCCUUCACGCCCUCCAUGUGGGCGGCAUUUCUCGGCAUGACUUUCGCCACGGGGCUCAUCACGGUGUUUCUCGAGUGCCGCCAGAACUGGGAGUUCCAAGGGAAGCUGCACGAGUUGCUGCAGCACGCGCUCUGGUUUGGCUACCUCUCUAUCUUCUCCUUUCUCGAGAAGCCGGUGCGGACAUUGAUUGCGAGGAUCGUGCUGGCGCUCUGGCUGCUGGUGACCUUCGUUGUAGUCACGUCGUUCACAGCCAACAUGACGUCUAUAAUCACGGUCAACAUGCUCACAGUGCCCUCGCUGGACGUCAACAGUGUGAUCAAUGCCAACAACCCGAUUGCUUACCAGGCGGGCUCAUUCAUCGAAGGCUAUCUCACGCAGCUGGGCGUGCAGAAGCACAACAUGGUACCGCUCAACAGUGCAGAGGAGUAUAACAGUGCGCUGGUGACUGGGAGGGUGAAGGUGGUGGUGGAUGAGGAUCCGUAUUUGGACCUGCUGCGAGCAAACCACUGCAGCAUGGCGCAAGUCAGACAACCUUACUCCUUCCUCAGCAUGUCAUUCGCGUUCCAGAAGGGAUCCCAGCUGCGCAGAGACAUCUCAGCGGCGAUUCUCCACCUGACCAUGACAGGCGAGCUGGACCAGCUGCAGCAGGACUACCUGCUGGGAGGCACCAGGCUAUGUCCCGACACACUCAUGCCCGAGGCACCCGCGGUGCUGGCCAAUGAGAACUUCUGGGGGCUGUUUGUGGGGUAUGCCGUGGUGUCCCUCGCGUGCUGCCUGCUGUAUGUCGGACUGCUGGUGUUCCGCGGCGCCAUGGUUGCGAGGGAGCUGUCACGGCAGCAAGCCAAGUCAUACAACACCGACAUGGUGGAAUUCGUUCCAGCAAAUCAGCCAGCGAAUCAGCCUGCGGAUCAGCCUGAAAAUCAGCCUGCACACGUGGCGCUUGCUCCUGCUUCGUCCUUCAAGCUUGACUCGCUAGAUCUUAUAGAGGAGCUUGGAGAUGAAGAGGAGGAUGAGGAUCAAGAUGAAGAUGAAGACGACGAUGGGGAUAACUUAUACUCUGCCCAUCUGAAGGGUGACCAUGCUGAUGACGGAAAUGGUGGGGGUGGUGGGAAGGGGGUAAAACUCGUGAUGCCGGCAACACCCAAGGGGCGUGCUCGGGCAGAGGGUUCUAAGAAAGCGCAGCGGCAGUCAAGCAGGCCCGGAAUGAAGGUGGCAGCGAGCUUCGUAGCAGUGGCUUCCCUGCAUAAGCGAGUCGGCAACCUCGUCGACCGCUUUCAAAAGGGUCAAGAGUGGAGCAAGGAGCGCCACGCACGUGCAUCUGCCCCUGCUAUCACCGCCUCUGCCUCUGGAAUCACCGCGUCUGCCUCCGCCACCUCUCUCUCUGACAUGGCCUCUGAAGACCAGCCAGCAGCAGAUGGCAUUGCCAUUGGCGGCAGCAGUUUUGGAAGCACUACUCCCCACGCACUCCCUCAUGUCCCGAUAGGCCGCCGUGCAGGGAAAAAAUUGAGAGAAGCUAGGUUAACAGGUAGUAUGACAGCUGGUACCCCCAGAGCUGGAGACAGGCCUGGGGCCAGGCUGGUGGUCAGGUCCGGAUCUGUACCUGACUUGGGUCCUCAAGCAGGGCCAGGAGCAGCACCGGCAGCGUCAUCUUCUAAUAAGCUGGUUUCUGUGUUGAGAUCGAGCAAGCAGGUGCAGAAGCAAGGGCAGGUGAUUAAAGUGCUGCCGUCUCGGCAAUUGCCAGCUCCAGGUCAAUUCAGUGGGCGGAAUUUUGUUGACAUUGAUGCCGACGACGACGACGACGACGACAACGUUGACUUUGGUAUAUAUGAGGACGGUGAUUCUGGAGAUGACAGUUCCUUGCCGCAGCUGAAGUGA